CUGAAGAAACGUGCCGCACGAGUCGCGCUCAACCUAAGCGCGCGCGACACAUCUAUCCGCGCCCGGAGAAGAAACCACAAUCCCAACGCCUUACAAGCAGCAGACUGAAUGGAAACGGUUGUAUUGUGCUCUGCAUUUGUUAAACGCAAGUGCGUAAAGACCAACAGAUGGAGAACUACGAGCACUCCGUGGCGCGCUGUGGCUGGAGGAAACUUCCACGCGCUCUGUCUGAUUACCGGAUCCUCUGAGAGGGAAUGGGAAGAGUGAAGUCGUGAAAGUUAGCCCGAAGGAAAAUGUCGGCGACACACGCCUCACCUUUGUCCAACAAAACCAACCAAUAUGAGGACGAGGACGCGGUCGAGGGCAACUGGCGGCUUUUCUUUGGGUUAUCAUUCGCCAUCGCCACGGUCACUUGCUUGGGAGGUUUGUACUCGCUUGUAUCGCUGCUCAGGAUGAGAAGCAAGUCUCCCCUCUGUCUCAUAGUGGCUUCUUUAUCCAUAGACGACCUGAUCAGCGUCGUGCCGCUCACGCUUUUCAUGAUCUUGCAAUGGAGGAGCGGAGACGCGAACCGGUCGGGCGCAAUGUGCACCCUUUCCGGGCUCCUUUACGUUUUCCAAGGGUUGUCAAGCAAUAUGAAAGCCUGUCUCAUAGUUGCCUACACUUUUUACGUGACAAAACGCUUUGGAGUGUAUCAGACGGCUCACCGACCUCUCGGGGUGUUUGUGGCUGUGGUGGCGGUGUGGACAGUGAGUCUCGCGGUCAGCGUCCUGCCCGUAUGCGGCUGGGGUCGCUUCGCCCCCGCUUCCCUCGGCUGUCUCCCGGAGAACGACAGCCUGUACGUGCUACUGCUGUUCGCCGUUUACUCGCUGUGCUUCUGCGGGCUCGUAGUUUGCUCGAUUCCUCUCAUCUACCAGCUCAUGUGCUCCACGGAGGCCCUGAGAACAUUUUACCCGAGCUAUUUUGAAAUUGCCGGGUCGGCUCCGCUUUGUGAGAUCCCCUCUCUGUCACGGGAUAGUUUGGAGAAAAGUUUGGACGCCUACAACGAAUUCAGCUCAAACGCGGGCAGUUUUAAGAACAAAACGGAGACGUGCUCUUUCUCGUACUCUCCAGAAACCGGUCAUUUCCAGAAAGAUGAAGCUCGGAGUGCCCGACGUUCCCCUGUGUUUUUCUCUCAGAAGCGCUUCUCGAUGAUUCUGGCCAUGGCGCGAAUGGUUCUGUGGAUGCCAAUGAUGACCCAAAUCCUGGUGAGUCAUGCUGUUCACAUGCACAGCUCGUCCUUGGAGACUCUCUGUUUUUUCCUGACCUUGCUCUCCGCGGCGGUCACCCCUGUGUUUGUGCUUUCGGAGCGCUGGAUCCAUCUGCCAUGCGGCUGCUUCAUCAACUGCCAUCAAGGCUUAGGAUCGGAGGUUUCCAACGCGAAGAAAAGGAGAUUUGAGUUCAACCUCUCAUUCCAGCAAGGCUACGGCGUUUACAAGAUCUCCCACAUCAAGUCACCUUCCAUUGAGAAACCCUCUUUUAACAGUUUGUACAGCUGCGAUUUCUCUGAGAGCAGAGUAGCGGUGCUGGACAGUGGUCAGAUUGGUAAGUUCAGCACCACAGCAGCGGAGGACAGCUCCCUCCACAGCGAGCUGCUGCUUGAAGAGAGAGCUGACAGCCAGCCUCAGAGCUCCACAGAAAGGGAUGGACAGUGCAGUGUCUCACCUCGUGUUUCUACCUGCGAUCAUGACGAUCUUCACCUCGACAACUCAUCUGUUUUCGAUGGUCCAGAGAGGAGGCUUUCCCACGAGGAGUGUCGUAAAAUCGAGUUGACUGACUGGGAAUGGUGCAGGAGCAAAUCAGAAAGGACGCCCAGACAGAGAUCCACAGCUGGGUUGGCCAUUCCAUUAUGUGCCUUCCAGGGUACUGUUUCCCUCCACGCCCCCACGGGCAAAACACUGUCCCUCUCCACCUAUGAAGUCAGCAGCGAUGGCCUGAAGAUCUCCCCCAACAAUGCCAAGAAAGUUGAGGUGUACCGCUCCAAAUCGGUGGGUCACGAACCUAGCGCUGAAGAACACAACUCUAGCGCUGGGGGUGGUGGAGUUGGAGUAGGGGGUGGAGUCGCAGACACCAAUGUGAAAAUUCACCUGGAGGUUCUGGAGAUCUGUGACAAUGAGGAGGCCAUGGACAGUGUGUCUAUUGUCUCCAACAUCAGCCAGUCAUCCACACACGCACGCUCACCUUCACUGCGCUACUCUCGUCGUGAGAACCGUUUUGUCUCGUGUGACCUAGGUGAAACAGCCUCAUACUCACUGCUGAUCCCCACAAGUAACCCCGAUGCGGACAACAUUAACAUACACAUUCCAGAUACAGUGGAAGCUCAUAGACAGAACAGCCGGAGACAGCACCAGGAGGCUGGAGGUUACCAGGAGGAAAUACAGCUGCUUAAUGAAGCCUAUAGGAGGCAGGCAGGUGAUCAGGGGAACUGACAUAAACAGAAACACCAGGACAGACCAAUGGGCUGAGAACCCCCUAAGAAGAAGUAGAAGGCUUGGAUGAAAGAUUGUGAUGAAGGUUCAUAGAAUUCAUAGUAGAUUAAAGCACCCAGGCCUAAAAAUAUUAGCAUCUAAGCACUAGAGUUAGCAGCAAGAUCAGAUGUCACAAUAUGAAAAUCCACUUUAAGGAAUCACAAGAGAGGCAUUUGUCUGCUAAACUGUUUGCCUUAGGAAGCAAUUAUGAGAUAAAAAUAGACUGGAUGCACGAUGAGAAUGCCUUUAGAAUGAAAAUUCAAGGUUAGCAUGUCACAAGGAAGAGCUGCAGGUUUGGAAAGGGAAGCGAUUUAUAUGCUAACGUGCAUAUAAAGUGAGAGCAGAAAUGCAACAAAUCUCAAGAUGAGACAGAGAGUUGGUUUGUUCAGAUUUGCCCUUGAUUAGCAAUGAUAGAUCGGGGGUUACAACUAAAAUGGUUACUCUCAGACUGUUAGAAGUGGACGUGUCUCAGUUUGAAUGAAGCGCUGGAGAAUAAAGAUGAAGCCCUUGAGUGGAUGAAAGUGACGUAUAUGUUCAAGUGAAGGUUACUGGGUACGAAGAAGGAAUGUCCUGUCAUUUAUUUAAUGCAAAUGUAAGAGCAUAGACAGAAAAGCUUGAGGAGAGAGUUGAAUAGAGAAGGAUAAAUACUGUCAUGAGUAUGUGCUCUUGUGGUGAGACGGAUAAAGAACGGGACUGCGAGGGUGUGUGCCAAAAAAAAAAAAAAAUACAUUUUAGUAUUCUAGCUCAGGCAGAAACCAUAUGGCAUACUAAAAUAAAACAUUCCAAAUGUGUACAUCUUUUUUUUUUUUUCAAUUGUGUUGCUCUGCAUAAAACGGUUAAGGUGUUGUCCAUCGCUGUGUUGUCUGAUGUUUCACUGUUUAAAGGAAUGUUCUGGGUUGAUUGCGUCACAAAGUUACUUUUGAACCUCUGAUAAAGAAGCAGACAUCUGAAAUAAAACGUAAAAUAAAAAUAUGUGAAUGUUAAAAUAAUCAAGCACAAAAUGAAGCAAUAAAAACACAGACAAAUCUAUUUUGUGUAAAUUCCUCUGCAAUGAAAGCAGAACACCUAAAACCUUUAGUUAUUUAUUUUCAAAGUGGCCGUAAAUGAAAUAAAAUACAUUUCUGAAACUUCUGAAAAAUCUCAAGGAGUAUCUUUUGAACAGAAAUACUUCAAGCUUUUAUUUAUGUAUUUAUUUUGGAGAUUUUCCUCAUUUUUAGCAUGAGAAUCCAACUCUUUAGCACUGUGGAAAAAGUCAGAAUGCAUUAAACGGCACUAGACACCCCCUUUAAAGUAAACUAGAGGGAAAAAGGUGAACAUUAAUUAUUCAACAUGUUACAUGUGAUGCCACAAAUGCUGUUGAUUACUUGCGUAAGGCCCAGAAUAUUCCUUUAAUUGCUAUCUCGGUAUGUAUGAAUAUGUAAAUGCUGAUAGGUGUAUGUAUGCUUGUUUCUGUAAGUGGGUACUUCUACAUCUUUUUUGUUGUACUAAAGCCUUUAUAGAAUUCCCAGCAUGACUGCUGAGAAAAAGCGAAAGAGAUUCUGUCAAUGGAACAUUCCACAAAUGUAAAUGUGAGCGUGGUGCAUGAGCCUAUUUUAGGUGUUAAUUUGUGUGCAAAUGUGCUCAUUUUUGAGCCACUUAGGAAUUUUCAGUGCACCGCUUCUGCAAUCAGAAACAUGACCCUGGCCACUCGCUUGCAUUUAAUACUGGCGUAUAUUCCGCUCUCAAAUGGACCGUUCAUGGACGAUUCAGUAAAAUGAAGGCAUGAUUACGCUGCUUUUCAUUUCAGCUCUGCUGUUUCAGUAUGUGAAUCUACUUUUAAAUAUAUGAAAAUGAAAUGCGAAGGCCGUUCUUGGAGGCUCAUGUAGCUCAAAUAACUCUAAUAUUUAAUAAUUCACUGUAGAUAAGAUGUCUUGUUAUUUUUAAAUGUCAGAUGUCAGUGUGUGUGUGUGUGUGUGCGCGUUUUAUAUAUAUGUGUUAUGUAUUCAGAAUAGCAGUCAAAUAGCUGAGGCAUAAUGCUACAAAAUAUUUUCAUCUAUCCAAUGUUCUCAUUAAAGAUUUAUUUACAGAAAAU